UUCAGUUCUGUGUAUUUCAUCAGCGCGUUAGGACCGCCGGAGAACCCAAGACUGCCCGACCAUGAAGCUCCUCGGUGUGAUAGUCCUCUGCAGCUACCUUUUGGCCGUUGCCAGUGGCUUGAGCUUCACGGUGACGUCGCGGAUCUACAUGGAUGUGAAGCACAACAAGAAGCCGGUGGGCAGGAUCACCUUCGGCCUGUUCGGGAAGCUGGCUCCCAAGACGGUGGCCAACUUCCGGCACAUUUGCCUGCGCGGCAUCAACGGGACCAGCUACGUGGGAUCGCGUUUCCAUCGCGUGGUGGACCGCUUCCUCGUCCAAGGCGGCGACAUCCUCAAUGGCGAUGGAACCGGCUCCAUUAGCAUCUACGGAGACUACUUCCCGGACGAGAACAAGGCCUUGGAAGUGGAGCACAACAGACCGGGCUACUUGGGCAUGGCCAAUCGCGGUCCGGAUACCAACGGCUGCCAGUUCUAUGUGACAACCGUGGGCGCCAAGUGGCUGGAUGGGAAGCACACCGUGUUUGGCAAGGUGCUGGAGGGAAUGGAAACCAUCUACGCUAUCGAGGACGUGAAAACGGACACGGAUGACUUCCCCCUGGAGCCAGUGGUGAUCUCGAACUGCGGCGAAAUCCCCACGGAGCAGUUCGAAUUCUACCCGGACGACUUCAACAUCCUCGGCUGGAUCAAGGCGGCUGGCCUGCCCGUGACCAGCUCCUUCUGCGUGCUGCUCAUCUUCCACUACUUUUUCCGCCAGCUCAAUAUGUAUUGCUGAGGGCGUUCGCUUUUACCCAAAGUAUAAGCUUUAUUACUGCACAUAAGACUAAGAGCCCACCCAUCCACUCACUCCAAACGCAAAACCCACAAUAAAUGCAUAUAAAAUUUCAA